AUGAAACAUAGGCCUAUAAGUCCAAUACCGAUAACACUGGUCUACAGUGGGAAUUAUCAGCGAUUCCUCAUCGAUACCGGGGGGGAUGUAUGCCUCAUCAAUGCAUCCGCUUUAAAACCCGAAACUAUUAUCGACAUUGGAAAAGCAAGAAGAUUUCGAGGUCUCAGCGACAGUACCUUCGAGACACUAGGAGUAGACAAAUUAAAAAUUCUAAAUAUCGAAGUCGAGUUUCAAGUUUGUCGCGAGGAUUUACCAUUCCCCGGAGUGGGAAUCCUGGGAAACAACUUCCUUGAAACCGAAAAAGCGGAAAUUUCUUAUGAUAAUCAAACUCUAGCUUUAUUAUCUCGUCCUACAAAAAUAAUUUCCUUUAGCCUCGAAACAACGCCUUCCUCAAAUUAUACGAUACCACCCCGUAUGAAAAUGGUAAUAGCAAUACCUAUCCAAGAUUUCGAGAAAAGCGAGGGAUACCUCCCUCGAAUGGACCUUCCAGACGGAGUGCUUGGAGGAGAGGCUGUUGUUAAGGUAGAGGACGGAUAUGCUACUUGUAUGAUUAUCAAUCUUAAUUCGAACUCAGUAGACAUAGAAAUCGGACCACAAAUACUCGAAGAGUUUGAGUUCGAUAAUCCUAGCUCAGACAGCGAUGAGUCCGAUGAUCCUUUGAUAGAAAAUUCCAGUCGUAUAGUUAAUCCGGAAGAACUCCGUCAUAAAAUCACGGAACAAUAUGCGGAAGGGCUCUCGUAUAACCCGGAAGGACGCCAGGAACCUCAAAAACAUCCUAUAAACGAUACUACCGAAAAUCAUUCGCUAGGAUUACCAAUCUCUGCAUUACCAAAAACAAAAAAAUCGAAUAAAAAGCUCUCCGACGAAGAAGCGAUUCAAUCAGUCAAACGCCCCGGUCACCCUCUCGGGUCUAAAAAUAGGCCAAGAGUAAGUAGCGCUCCAGAAGUAAGAGAGACGAUUGCCUCUCGUCUCAAAAGAAGAGAAUUAGGUAAAACGCGAGUCCCACCAAAAAUAAAUUAUCGCGAAACCGGCAGACUGGUUAUAAACUCAGAAGAUCCCGAGUCACAAGAAACUGCAGAUGAAGAACAGGGGGACGACGAAGUCUUCCUACCAGUCCCCAUCUCAGGACCAUCCACGAAUAAUCCAACUCCAGACGUUGGAAAAGAGGGGGACGAUGAAGCGGAGAAAGAUGAUGAAACCGAAAAGGACAACGAAACGACCGUUCCACAAAAACAACGGCGAAAAACUCGCGAACUAGUAAAGAUGUUCGAUGAACUCCUCCAAAAGCGGCCUCCAUCGGAAAAUAUCUAUACAGAGAGGGCUCUAGAAAGAAUCCGCAGAGAAGAAGCAAUAUCUAAUUAUACUCCCCAAGAGUACGCCGAAAUAAAACGAACUAGUUCCGACACCCCGAAAAAUAUUCGCCAAUCACUAAACAAACUUCCACCUCUCUGGCGAAAUGAAGAAGACUCGUUAAAUGAAGACACCGCACCAGAAAUUAAUGUCGACGAAUUUUUGAGAGACAACAGCGACCAGUCCGAAGAAGGAUCAAGCAACAUCAGUCCAGAAGAAACCGGAGGAAUUGAAGAUCCCAGCGAAACAGAACUUCCUAUCAUCAUAGAACCAGAGCCUUCGACUUCAGUCAAUAAUGUAAAUACGAGAAAUAAAAAUAAUUUAACCCCUCAAAACGCAAAUCGAUCGCGAUUCACCGGAUAUUUAGGCGACGGUCCAGAACCCCGAACUCCAAUAUUCGGAAGAGUUCUCAUUCCUGACGAAUUAGCGGCCAUGGGUAUACGUUACGACUAUGCAAGCGGCCAAAUCGUAGACGAAAACGGUAAGGGAGUAAAUGAAACGGCCGAAACCGAAUCGGCCGACCCAAACAACACCCUUAUUGAAUCGGAAAGGGGACGAUCGAGCGAAAAAUCGCCAAAUAUAAGUAAAUUAAUAAAUUCACAAAAUAAUAAUAAUAAAAAUAAAUCGCGCAAUAAUUCGGAAAAUUCUAGCGAUCCGGAUAAAUCCGACGAUAGACCGACUACAAGCGGGAAUAAAACAGUGGGGGAUGAUGUAGGGAACCAUCGAUUCGGUCCACCAUUUGUCGCCUACGAUCCUCCAACAUUCGAAGAAGCAGAGGAUAUUUUCGCCGAAAGACAUCAUCGGCCAAAAUUAUCUUCACCCUCGAGUUCCGAUGAAAAUGUACCGCCGAAAAGUCCCGAAAUAAAAAUAAAAUUCUCAAUCAGCCGCGAUGGGCUUACUUAUGCCUGA